ACUUUCGUUUAAAGUUUUGCCGCCAUUGGUUCAUCUCUCGCUGCUCGCGCCCUCUGGUUCUUUUGGCUUUCCUCCGUUCUAUGUUCUUCGGCGUUUAUUGCGUCCGAUGGCAUCCACAAGUAAUCGAAAAUUCAUUGUCGACGACGACGACGAUUUCGACUGGGAAGCAGCCGUCAAGGAAAUUGACGUAGCCUGCCUAUCAGGAAUUCACUCUGCUUCAUCACGUUCACUUCAUUCUUCCCUUCUUGCAUCUCCCGACGCCUCUGCAGAAAACCCAGCUUCUUUUCCAUCUCCCGAGGAGAAUGAAAAACGCGGGACUUCUCGCCAGUCUACACUUCAUAGAUUUAUCAUAAAUCCGAAUGCUAAGUCUCAGAAGAAAACACCGGAAGUCGAAGAACCGGUUCAAGAUCGCGCCCUUGUUGAAGACUCGGUUUGUCUUGUUGACAUUGAUCAGGAGGCAGCUAAGACUUGGAUAUAUCCAGUUAAUGUUCCUCUUCGGGAUUAUCAGCUGGCUAUUACCAAGACAGCACUAUUUUCAAAUACGUUGGUGGCAUUGCCUACAGGACUUGGAAAGACUCUCAUUGCUGCAGUUGUUAUGUAUAACUACUUCAGAUGGUUUCCUGAGGGAAAAAUAGUAUUUACUGCUCCUUCUCGACCACUGGUCUUGCAACAGAUAGAAGCAUGCCAUAAUAUUGUGGGAAUACCACAAGAAUGGACCAUUGACAUGACAGGUCUGAUAAAUCCUACAAAAAGAGCAUGUUUUUGGAAAAGUAAAAGAGUUUUCUUUGUUACACCACAAGUGCUGGAGAAGGAUAUUCAAUCUGGCACAUGUUUGGUGAAAUACUUGGUUUGCCUAGUGAUUGAUGAGGCCCAUCGAGCACUUGGAAAUUACUCUUAUUGUGUUGCAAUUCGUGAGUUAAUGAUGGUACCUGUGCCACUAAGAAUACUAGCCUUAACUGCCACACCAGGAUCAAAGAAGCAGGGUAUUCAGCAAAUCAUUGACAACUUACACAUUUCAAACCUUCAAUAUCGUGAUGAAAGUGAUCAUGAUGUCAGUCCAUAUGUUCAUGACAGAAAAAUAGAAUUGAUUCAAGUUGCAAUGGGAGAAGAUGCUGUUGAGAUAAAUAAUAAGCUCUUGGAAGCUAUACGUCCAUUUGUGGCUAAACUUUGUUCAAUGGGAGUUCUUCAGGACAGAGAUUAUAGAACGUUGAGCCCAUGUGAUUUACUGAACUCGAGGGAUAAAUUUCGUCAAGCACCCCCACCAGUCCAUCCACACAUUAAGUAUCAAGAUGUGGAGGGUUACUUUGGAGUACUCAUUACACUAUACCAUAUACGUAAGUUACUUUCAAGCCAUGGAAUAAGGCCAGCCUCAGAGAUGCUAGAAGAGAAGCUGCAGCGAGGGUCUUUUGCAAGAUUUAUGAGCAAAAAUGAUCAUAUCUGCAAAGUGAGACUCAUCAUGGAGAAGAGCUUGAUCCAUGGUGCACCAAGUCCCAAAUUGUCCAAAAUGAUGGAAGUAUUGGUCGACCAUUUUAAAACUAAGGAUCCAAAAGAUUCAAGGGUGAUUAUAUUCUCAAAUUUCAGGGGAAGUGUAAGGGACAUUAUGGGUGCACUAGCCAAAAUUGAAGACAUAGUAAGAGCUACUGAGUUUAUUGGCCAAAGCUCAGGAAAAUCUCUCAAAGGUCAAUCGCAAAAGGUUCAACAGGCUGUUUUGGAGAAAUUUCGUGCUGGCGGGUACAAUGUCAUUGUUGCCACAUGCAUUGGCGAAGAAGGCUUGGAUAUAAUGGAAGUUGAUCUUGUCAUCUGUUUUGAUGCAAACAUUUCACCAAUAAGAAUGAUUCAGCGGAUGGGUCGAACUGGAAGGAAACAUGAUGGACGAGUGGUAGUUUUAGCAUGUGAAGGUUCAGAAUUGAAGGGCUACAUGAGAAAGCAAACGACCAGCAAGUCUAUAAAGAAACACAUGCAAAAUGGGGGAAUAAAUAGCUUCAACUUUCAUGCUAGUCCUAGAAUGAUUCCCCAUACUAUCAAACCAGAAGUCCAGUUUGUUAAGCUGUCAAUCAAACAAUUUGUUCGUCCUGGAAAGAAAGUGAAAGAUGAACAUGCUGUUCAGAUAACAUCAUUUAAGAACAAGCUAACUAAUACAGAGACUGAGUUACUUCUCAAGUAUUUCCAUCCUUGUGAAGACGCAUGGAAGCCGUCCCUUAUUGCCUUUCCUCACUUCCAGACAUUUCCCUCGAGAACCCAUGGAGUAAGGCAUUCAAGUAGAACAAUGAUUCUAAUUGACACAAUGCAACACUUGCAAGGACUGUAUUUUUCUAGGGAUUCUGAAGCUUUCUCUGUUCAGGAGAAACCAUGCAUUAGAGAACUAUUUGAAGCAAGUCAGAUUGGAAAAUGUUAUGGCGGCAAAAGAGGUUCAAUUAAUGAAGUCAGCGCACCAAAAACUGAAUUAGAAGGGCCAAUAGUUUAUCCUGAAGUCUCAGCACCUCCAAAUCCUACAGAAAAUAAUUGUAGUUCUGUUUACUGUUCUCUGAAGCAUCCUUCGAACAUUGGCUCAGGUUUUGUAUCUGUUGAUGCUAUGGGAGAGGACCAAAUAUCACGUUUCCCCGUGUUCUCUUCAAAAGAAAUAUUGCAUUCCAAUUCUGUUGAUGCAUGCAGUAAAAUAUUGUUGAGUUCUCCUGAGCUAGGUUCUUGGCGUGUAAGAACUGCUCAGGACUUGAUCGUGCGGUCUGAAGCUGUCGAUGAACCCACAACUUCUCAAACUAAAUUCUUACAGAAUGAGGUUCUGCCAAGCCCUGAAACUGAUGAUGCAACCGUCUUGGAAGACAAAGCAGUGAACCAGAUUGAGAAAAUUCAUCAAAGCACUGUCUUGAAGAGAACUUUUUUUAAUGAAGGAGAUAAUACCGAUGAAAAGCCUGUUGUUUUAGAAAUUGAGCCACAAUUCCCCCCGGCUGAUGAAUGCAGUAUAGUUGAGACACAGCUUAGUCCCCGUCUCACUAAUCUAAUCGAAAGUGGUUUUGUUCCAGACUCACCAAUUGAUGAGUGUGGAUACUCUAGACAAAGGAUAUGUGAAUCCGCAAUAUCACAGUUUAUCUUGCCUGUCCAAGUGGAUGGUGAACAGCUUUUAAAAUCCUCAAGUCCUGGGAUAAACAAAAGAAUUAAUUGCAAUGAGGGCUCCCAUGCUGGAAAUGACGUUUUUCUCGCUAGUGGUGAAGAUCGACCUUCUGUACUCGAGGAUAAUGAUAGCGUGGGUGUAAAAUCACAUGGCUUUACUUCUCCUGUGGCUGAAGAAACACAAACUCCCUUUGCCAUUAUUGCAAGCAGUUGUGAUAAUGAAGAUUGGAAUUUAGUUUCUGGAGAAAAGUCCAGCAGUGUACAGAAGCCCCGCAAAUUCAAAAGACUGCGAAAGGUUGGAGACGUGGAGAAAAAUGAGAACACCGAAAGCGCGGAGAAAACUUCAGUUUCUCCACUGGCAAAUAUGGUCGGAACUUUUUCUAGCUCCAGACACAUAAAAAAAAAGAAACGGGAUGGUGAAAGAAGAUUUGAGGACAAUGUUAGAGCAUAUAUCGAGGAGGAAGCUGAGGUUUCCUCUGAUGCUACCAUAUCUGGGGAUGAAGAAGAUGAUAAGAUUAAGAGCUCGUUCGAUAGUUUCAUAGAUGAUAGGGUUAGUGCUAGUGCCACGAGUACUCAGGAUGAAACAGGUGGACAUGAUAUGAUGGCAAUUUACAGACGUUCGUUGCUAAGUCAAUCACCAUUCGGGAGGCUGACUUCACCCCUCGCGACCAGAGUAAUUGAAAGUGAAACUUCUCCUGACAAGACAUUGAAUGUUUUUCAGACAACUCUAACAGGAAAUAUCAAUCAGUCUCAUACAAUGCAUUCAGAACAUGUCAAAAUGAAGCGUAGCCCAGAAGUUGUAAUUUCUACAACUGGUGGCUGCCCAAGCGCGACAGAAGUGGAAAGCAGGAAUAGAAAUUUGACAUUUUGUGCAUCGGAAUCGGUUCCUAAACUUAAUUUGGAUAGACAAUUUGAGUUGGUGGUGGCAGGAAGAGAAUCAAUAAGUGAUGUGGAUGAUGAAUUUUAUGAAGGUCUUGAUCUUGAUGCAGUCGAGGCCCAGGCUAAAUUGCUCCUUGAAAAGAAAGUUGAGCUGCCUCAGAUGAUGGUUACCCAGCCGCACAAGAAUUUGGAUCUCCACACUUCUCCAUCUUUUGAUCUUGGGAUAUGACCAUUUUUUAUGUGCAUCUCUUCUUCAAGUACUUAAAUAUGCUUAAGUUAUGAUUUAUUUGUUGGAUGGGGAGACGUAUGUAAAAAAACAAUGUACAAAAAUUAUUGAAAUAAGAUCUUCAGUUUUGUUACUA